AUGGCUGAUGUCGUAGCGGCUGAUGAUGCCGAUGCCGAUGUGGUCGAGGUCGAUGUCGAUGCCAAUGCAGUGGAUGACGCCGAUGUUGAUGCUGAUAUCGAUGUCAUUGUAUUCGUAGUCGAUGUCGUUGUUGAUGUGGAUGAUGUUCGAGUAUGA